ACGUUGUCUCAGUUUGUUGUUUUUUUCGGGGGGUUUUGUGUGUUUUACAACAACAUCAACAACCACUGAAAAAAACAACAGCAACAACAGCAAAUCAUAGUCAAAUGGGAAUUAAUUUUUCCCCAACUGAAGUAUAAAAGCGCACAACUAGCAAUGGGACAUGUCUCAUUAGUGUUUAGUAACAGAUCUCGCAAAGAUGUUUGCCAGAAGGAGAUCUUCUUUGUCGCUCGAUAAGUUACCGUGUUUAAAUAUCGCGUUUUUAACGUGUUGCCUUCUCGUUAUCGGCCAUGCGUCUUCCAUGUCUUUAGAUCGUUUGGGAAGACAGUACCAACAACAAAAUGACAAACAAUUAGAAUUUAGUGAAUUUAUGCUGCCCGAGGCAGAAAGUGAAGUGUUGCAAAAUGAUAUGGAAUUAGUGCCAGCCGUCGAUGGUAACAGUGAUAUGUAUUUGUUAGUGCCCGCUGCUCAAGCCAGUCAAGAACAAAAUUUACAAUCUUUAACAGACCUCAAUGAAUCGGAAAAUUCCGGCAAUGUCGAAAGCAAUUCCGAUAUGUUGAUGUUGGAAAGUGAAGAUACACCAGCAAUGCAGAUAUUGGAAUUACCAGAAGAUGUGUUGGAAACUAAAUUAAAUGAAGAUUUAGUGGACAAUAAUGAAUUGGAACAAGAAUCCGAAUCGUCAAACGAAAAUAAGGAACAGACCUCAAACGAUGAGGAACAAGUUUCAGACAGUAUGCUGAAUACCAUUGCUGAGGCAGUUAAAGAAAUUGAGAAUGAAAUUGAAACUGAAUUGGUAGCCAAUGAUGAAACACCCAAAGAGGAAGAGCCUGUCGAGGAAGAAAAUGUCAAACCGGAAGAAGAGAAAAUGUCCAGCGAAGAAUUAACAAUGAAACAUAAAGAUACAGAGACAGAGAAUACUGACACCAGUGAACAAGAACAGGUUGCCGAAAUGGAAAAUAAACCUGAAUCUUUAGAAAACUCCGAACAGGAAAUGAUCGGUGUUGUAAUGGAAGAAUCCAACGACACACCUGCACAAGAAGAACAACAAGAAACCGAAAAAGUUAAUGAAGCUUCGGAAAUGGAUUUACAAGCUGAUGAGUCUGAAUUGCAACCAGCUGUAAUUGAAAUGACCAAUGAGUCUCAAGAACAAAUGGCCCAGGAAAAUGAAAAUAAAAUUGAGGAAACUCAAUCUGAUGAAGACUCUCCUGCUAAUGAAUUGGCUGAAACUAUGGAAGAAGCUGUACAACAACCAGCUGUAGCUGAGUCUCUUCAUGAUGAAUCAGAUCAACAGCAAGAAGAAUCGCAGAUUGUUGAAGAAGAAAUAAAACCUGUGGAUGAAACUGAAAAAGCAGAGCUAUUAGAAGAUGAUGAGCAUAUCAAGAGUGAAGAAUUAGAAACUCCCAUGGUUGUGGAAGAAGAUAAAGCUGAAGCUGAGGUAGAAAUGCAAGCAGAGGAUGAAAAUCCAGCACCAGCUGAGGCUGAAGUACAGGCAGAUGAUGAAAUUCAAGCUCCCGUUAUGGAAGAAACUCAAGCUUCUGAUGAAAUCCAAGCUGUAGAGGAUACUCAAGCUGUUGAAGAAACUCAAGCUGAUGAAGAAACUCAAGCUGUUGAAGAAACUCAAGCUGUCGAGGAAACUCAAGCCGUCGAGGACACUCAAGCUGAUGAUGAAACACAAAUUGCUGAGGAAUCUCAAGUUGUUGAAGAAAUUAAACCUUUAGCUGAUGAGACUGAAACUAAAGUAGAGGAAGUCCAAGCUGAAGAAGCCAAAGAUGAGGACACUCAGGCUGAUGAAACUCAAGCUGAAGAAGUUCAACCUGCAGAUAACCAAGUCGAAGAAACUCAGGCUGAUGAUGAAACUCAAUUAGCUGUAGAGAAUAGCGAUGCUAACAAGGAUGAAACACAAGCUCCUGCCGUAGAAACUCAAACUUCUGAAGAGAUGCCACAAUAUGUUGAGCCAAUGGAAGCUGAAAAUUUGGCAGAAAUUCAAGAUCUUGCAGAAUCACAUAAUGCAGAGGAAUCUCAGGUAGCUGAGGAAUCUCAAGAUCCUGAGGAAGUCCAACAUUCCGAAGAGUUGGUGAACACUGAAGCAGUUAAUGAAGAACAGCCUGCUGAAGAAACUCAAUCUGAUGACGAAGUUCAACAUGUUGAAGAAAUUCAAAUGGCCGCUGAUGAAACUGACAAAGUUGAAGAAGCUCAAUUAACUUCUGAAUCUCAAACUGUUGAAGAAUCUCAUGAAGCUGAGGAAGAAAUUAAACCAGCUGAAGAAACACAAGUAUCAGAAGAACAAUUAGAUGAACAACAAGCUGAUGAAAUUCAACCUGCUGAAGAAGAACCACAAAUUGAAGAAUCUCAACCUGUCCAAGAAACUCAACAAGCUGUCGAAGUGCAAAAUGAUGACGAAGUUCAACAAGUGGAAGACAAUCUAUCAAAUGUAGAACAAGCUCAAAUAGUUGAAGAUGCUCAGCCCAUGGAAGAAGCUCAGCCUAUGGAAGAAGCUCAGCCUAUGGAAGAAGCUCAACCUGUGGAAGAUGUCCAACCUAUGGAAGAAACACAAGCUUUAGAGGAAGCCCAACCUAUGGAAGAAACUCAACUAGUAGAGGAAGCCCAACCUAUGGAAGAAACUCAACUAGUAGAGGAAGCCCAACCCAUGGAAGAAUCUCAACCAAUGGAGGAAGCCCAACCAAUCGAAGAUGCUCAAUCUAUGGAUGAUACUCAGACUGUUGAAGAAGUGCAACCUGCCGAAGAAGUUCAACAAGAUGAAGAAGCUCAAACAGUUGAAGAAAUUCAAUCUGCCGAAGAAUCCCAAAAUGUAGAAAAUAUUCAACCCGCUGCAGAAACCCAAAAUGAUGAAGAAAUUCAAUCUGUUGAAGAUGUCCAGCCAGUAGAAGAAGCUCAAACAGUUGAAGAAGCUCAAGCUGAUGAAGAAACUCAAGUUGCUGAAGAAGCUCAGCCUAUUGAAGAAGCUCAACUUGUUGAAGAAGCACAACAUGAUGAAGAAACUGAAGCUGUAGAGGAAGCUCAACCUGUUGAAGAAGUUCAACAAGAUGAAGAAACUCAAACUGUCGAAGAAGCUCAGCCUGUUGAAGAAGUUCUAGCAGUUGAAGAAAGUCAGCCUGCUGAAGAAACUGAAGCUGUAGAGGAAGCCGUAGAGGAAGCUCAACCUAUUGAAGAAGUUCAACAUGAUGAAGAAAAUCAAAUUGUCGAAGAAGCUCAGCCUGUUGAAGAAAUUCAAGCUGUUGCUCAACCUGUUAAAGAAAUUCAACCAGUAGAACAAAUUCAAGAAGAAGCUCAAUCUAAUGAUGAAACUCAAUCCGAUGAAGAUGCUCAACCCGUUGAAGAUAUCCAAACUGUUGAAGAAGUUCAAACUGUUGAAGAAGUUCAACCUGUUGAAGAAACUAAAGCUGUUGAAGCCGACAAUACCCAAAUGCCUGAGGAACCUCUAGCUGAGACACAAAUUUCAACUGAAGAAGAAGAAAUGAAGCCUGUAGAAGAAAUUCAACAAGAUGAAAACGAAAUUCAACCUGAAGCCGAAGAGUUAAAACCAGUUGAAGAAACUGAAUUGCCAAAAGAAGAAGCUCUUAGUGUUGACGAAGUUGAACCCAUUGAAACCAUAGCUGAAGAUACUAAGCCUGUGGAAGAAAGCCAAUCCUUGGAGACUUCACCAGAAGUGGAACAAGCAGAAACCGUGGAAAUUGCUAUGGAACAGCAAGAACCUGAACCUAAGCCCGAAGAAAUGUUAGCCGAUGAACUAACAGUUGAGGAGUCAAACAAACAAGAAGAACAGGAAACUGAAGCAGCUGCUCAACCUGAAGUGUUGGCCGAUGAAGACACUUUACAAAAUGUUGAACCUGCUGAAAUCAUCGAAAACGAACAAGUACAAGAAACAGCUGUUGAAAUCCAAAAGCCUUUAGAAGACAAGGAAAGUGAUAAUAUCUUAAAUGAUGAUACUAAUGAAAGUGAACCCAUUAAAGAAUCCACUUCCAUGCUAACAACUAUUGUGCAAGUACCCACUAAAGAAGAACUGACACAACAGCAACCACAACAAGAACAGCAAGAGCAAGUACAAGAACAACAGCCAGCAGUUGUGGAAAUUGUUAGUUCAACCACUUUGAAACCAUUAAAUGUCUUGGAUAGUGUACUCAACUAUGUCAAUGCUUCCUUUAUGCAUCAAAUGAGCAAUGACAACAUUAAGCAGGAAGUCAAACCAGAACAAGCCUUCAGUUCAAAAUUAAGACGUUACGAUGGUGCUCAAGUCUGGCGUAUUGUAGUACAAAACGACAGAGAGAAGAGAUUGGCCGAUGAACUACAAACCAAAUAUGAUGGACAAUUAUGGAAAGAGGUCAAACAAGAAGUUGACUACUUGUUGAAGCCACAAGUGCUGGCCGAUGCUGAGCGUCAUGUAAGAGCGGCAAACUUAUCGCGCAUUGUGCUCAUUGAUAAUUUACAAAAAGUCAUUGAAGUGGAAAAUCCACCAGCUGAAGAAAUUGCACAAUUGCAAAAUAGAAAGGGACAUCGUUUGACAUGGCAGGCUUACCAUCGUUUGGAAGAUAUUCAUGGUUACUUUGACUAUAUGGCUAAAACCUAUCCUGAUAUCUGUUCGGUAGAAACAAUUGGUUAUUCGCUUGAAAAACGGCCUUUGAAGAUUUUAAAGGUAUCCAAUGGCAAUGCUAACAAUCCUGGUAUUUGGAUCGAUGGUGGUAUGCAUGCUAGAGAAUGGAUCAGUCCUGCUGUUGUUACCUAUGUCACCAAUCAAAUUGUUGAGGGUUGGGAUGAUUUGCCCGCCUACAUGCGUAAUGUCAACUGGUAUAUUCAUGCUGUGGCUAAUCCUGAUGGUUACGAAUACUCUCAUACCACCGAUCGUUUGUGGCGCAAGAAUAUGAGAUCACAUGGUCGUGCCUGUCCUGGUGUUGAUUUGAACCGUAACUUUGGCUAUAAAUGGGGUGGUAAAGGAACAUCGGCUAAUCCCUGUGCCCAGACCUAUAGAGGCAGCAAAGCUUUCUCGGAACCCGAAACUUUCUAUAUUUCCAAAUUCAUUAGUAAUUUCCCUAGAGAAACAUUUAAGGCUUAUCUAUCGUUCCACAGUUAUGGUCAAUACAUUUUGUAUCCUUGGGGUUAUGAUUAUCAUGUUACCAAAGAUAUGGCCGAUUUGGAUUUGGUGGCCAGACAAGCGGGCACGAUCAUUACCAAGAGUACGGGCGUUAAAUAUACUGUAGGCUCCUCGGCUAAUACUUUGUAUCCAGCUGCUGGUGGUUCGGAUGAUUGGGCCAAGGGUAUUGCUGGCAUCAAAUACGCUUACACCAUUGAAAUGGGUGAUACCGGUCGUUAUGGUUUCGUUUUACCCGCCGAACACAUUGAACCCAAUGGCAAAAAUGGCUUAACCUUUGUGGAGACUGUUGCCAAGGCCAUAACCAUGGGCAAAAAUGGUCGUAGACGCAAAUUGAAGGCUCACAAAACCCACUAAACAGAUUAAUUAACGAAAUGCUAGAGUAACUUAAGUGCCAGGAUUUAUACAAAGUAUAAAUCUGAUUUUAGCGAAAAGCCACUUAGUUUUAAGUUUAAUUUAUUUAUUACAAAAUUUAGUUAAAUUAAUUUAUUUAUUGAAUCGAAAGAAAAGAAAAACAAAAGAAACUAUUUAUUUAUUAUAAAUUUAACUUAUUUAUUUCUAAUAUUAAAUUAUUUAUUUAUUUAUUGAAAUUAUUUAUUUAUUUUCCAUGUAGUUUUUAAUGUAAAACACAAAACAAAAAAUAAUUUAAUUUAUUAAACUGCAUUUUUAAUGCAAAAAAUACAUUUAAAAGAUGAACAAAAUAGAAAA